AUGUCAGAUUCAGAUCCGGAAGAUUACAUGUCUUCCAAGUAUCUUGUGGAAGCGCCUUCAACUUCUGAACACCAAACUUACACCGAACGUCGACGUAAAAAACUUCAAUCAAACUCAGGGUACAUCAAACCUCGUCACGUGUUAGACAAAGAAAGUCUCGAACAAGGUCUCUCGAAGAGAAUAGAUAACGAGGAAUCUCCCGGAAUGAAAAUCCUGAUGAAAAUGGGCUAUGAAAAAGGAAAGCCCCUUGGGAAAGAAGCAAAUGGUUCUGGACUCACGGAACCGUUGUCAGUUGAACUGAAACAAGGCGUCGGGAUGUCUACACAGAUUAAAAAAAGAGCGCAAAACGAACUUGCCAAAGCGGCCAAACGAGCGAAAAUCGAGGAGGAAACGUUUAUCGAACGCAUGAGUAGAGAACGUAUGAUCAAAAGACUUGAAGAACAAUUACAUAAGAUCCAGAAAAUGUGUGAAACUUUAGAUAAUAGAAAGGGGAUUCAGUACAAUGUGUUUUGGCCAAAUGUGGAGGACGAAGAACGAAUUGAGGAAACACCUGGAAAUUACAAUUCUACCUUGAACGAGGAAUCACUGUCAAAGGAAAAAAUCGAAGAGUUUAAAAAACUCCCGUCAAAAGAAAAGUUCUGCUUAGUGCAGACUUAUCUACGUGAUCAACACCACUAUUGUUUUUGGUGUGGAUGUGAAUAUGGUAGCGCCGAGGAGCUGUUAGAGGAAUGCCCAGGCAUUGAAGAAGAAGAUCAUGACUAA